CGCACCGUGGCGGGAAUUUCACCUGUUUGGGAUUUAGAUCCCACGAACCGCGGCGCGGUGGUCGGGAUCGCGGCGGGCGGAUCUCGGAGGCUGAAAGUGAAUCUCAUCACGACUUCUUUGGAGCACUUAAUGAUAAUUGUGAUGAAUCCCAAACAUUUCAGAACAUGAAGUAAACAAUGGAUAUCUGUUCCGCUGCGUCGACUUUCCUGACCGACAGCUUGGAACUGGAGCUGGGGACAGAAUGGUGCAAACCCCCUUGCUUUUCUUGUGCUUUUGACAACAGAGGAGGAGGAGGAAAACAUUUUUCUGGAGAGUCCUACCUUUCCAGUGGAACCCUUAAGCGAUUACUUUUGAAUCUUGACCCUUUACCAACUAAUUUUGAAGAGGACACUGUGGAAAUAUUUGGUAUUCAGUGGGUUACUGAAACAGCAUUAGUGAAUUCAUCUAGAGUACUGUUUCAUUUAUUCAGGCAACAACUGUACAACUUGGAAACCUUAUUACAGGCCAACUGUGAUUUUGGGAAGAUAUCAACCCUACACUGCAAAGCAGACAAUAUCAGGCAGCAGUGCAUAACAUUUCUUCAUUAUGUUAAAGUUUUCAUCUUCAGGCACCUGAAAGCACAAAAUGCUGAGAAUGUUCCUGUUCAUCCCUAUGAGGUUUUGGAGGCUCAGCUCCCCUCAGCGUUGGUUGAUGAGCUUCAUGGAAUACUCUUGUAUGUGGGACAUCUCUCUGAACUUCGCAGUAUUAACCCAGGAGCAUAUGAAAAUCAAAACCAGAUUAAGCUUUUUCCACCAUCAUGGCAUUUAUUACAUCUUCACUUAGAUAUCCAUUGGCUGGUGCUAGAAAUUCUUCAGAUGCUUGGUGAAAAAUUGAAACAAGUUGUGUAUGGUCAUCAGUUUAUGAAUCUGGCAGGUGACAGUUUAACCAAUGUCAGCCUAUUUGAAGAACAUUGUGAAAAUCUCCUUUGUGAUUUAAUACACCUGUCACUCAACAGGUAUGACAAGGUUAGACCUUCUGAAGCAUUAAUGAGUCACCAUUGCCCAUGUCCAUGCUUUAAAGAAUUGUGGGUUCUACUCAUUCAUCUUCUAGACCACAGAAGUAAAUGGUCUCUCUCCGAAGCGUUUUGGAACUGGUUGAAUAAACUACUUAAACCACUCUUUGAAACAUCGAGUGACCAGAGAAGACCGUCUGUGCCUAUAAUCCAGCCCAGGGAUCCAUUAGGUUUCAGCUGGUGGAUUAUUGCUCAUGUAGCAUCAUUUUACCAGUUUGAUCGUCAUGGAGCACCAAAUGAAACGAGACAUAUGGAAUCAAAUUGGAGCUUUGUAGAAGAACUGCUGAAAAAGUCCAUCAAUGUUCAGUUCUGUACAGUUUUAAUAUAUUCUAAAUUCCAUCAAAAAAGAAUGGAAGAACUAACUGAAGUCGGUCUGCAGAACUUUUUCAACCUUUUUCUACUGUUGGCAGCUGUUGCAGACGUGGAAGAUGUAGCAAGUCAUGUGUUAGACCUCCUGAAUUUCCUCAAGCCUGCCUUUAAAACAUCACCUCUCAUUUGGAAGGGUCAGGCGGCCUUCCUUUUGAUGUAUACUGAGAAAAACCUGGAUAUUGGUGCUUUGGCUGAGAAAUUUUCAGGUGAUUUCCAGGAGAAAGCAAAGGAGUUCUUGGUAUCUAAGAACGAUGAAAUGGGACAAAGACACACUCUCUGGACACUUCUUUCCAUCUAUAUUGAUGGUGUUCAAGAAGUGUUUGAGACCAGCCAUUGCUUGCACGCUUCCCAUGAAAAACUGCUUAAUGAUGGGUUUAGUAUGCUUCUCCGAGCCUGUCAAGAAUCUGAACUCAGGACAGUCUUGAACUUUCUACAAGCUGUUCUGGCCAGAAUCAGGAAUAUGCAUCAACAAUUGGGCCGGGAACUUCAAAAGGGGAACGUCGACCUCAAUGUGCAGUCUUCAUUAUUGGCUAAAGAGCGCCACCUGGCUGCAGUCGCCGGCGCUCUGUGGAGACAUUUCUUCUCCUUUUUGAAGAGUCAGAGAAUGUCACAGACAGUGUCUCUCCCCCAACUCGCGGAUGCAGCUGCAGAAAAAGAGUACAUGGAACAGUUGGCUGAACUGACAAGGCUGCUGUUUAAACUCUCAGAAGUAAAGAAUAUUUUCGCAAAAGCUCAAGUUGAAUGUUUACCCAUCCCGGAAGACCCCAAAAAAGCACUUGUUCGAUUCUUGGAGGCUGUUGGUGUAACUUACGGGAGCCUGCAGCAACUUUCUGAUAAAUCUGCCAUGGUCACAAAGUCUUUAGAAUACCUUGGUGAAAUAUUAAAAUAUAUAAAACCUUACUUAGGAAAAAAAAUUUCAAGUGCAGGGCUGCACCUGACGUAUAGUGUGAUGGGAAUCCUUGUUAAAUCGUGGGCACAGAUCUUUGCCACCUCGAAAGCCCAAAAAUUGCUGUUCCGGAUCAUCGAUUGUUUACUGCUGCCCCAUUUAGUGUUGCAGCAGGAGAAGGAGCUGCCUGCACCUAUGCUGACUGCGAUUCAGAAGAGUCUUCCCUGGUUUCUCCAGGGCAUGUGUAUUGUGUGUUGUCAGUCUCAAAAUCCAAAUGCCUAUUUGAAUCAAUUGCUGGGGAAUGUUACUGAGCAGUACAUCGGGCGGUUUCUUCCAGCCUCGCCGCAUCUUUUAGAUCUUGGACAACAUCCUGUUUUGUUGGCGUUGAGAAACUCGGCCACUGGUCCAUCUAUGUCACCACUAAAGAAAUGCAUUGUACAAGUCAUAAGAGCGUUGAUAAAAAUGAGGCUCCAGAUGGUCCAUUCAGACACAGUUACAAUGCUGUCCUUUUCCCUCCUAGUUAAAAGGCUAGCCACGGAGAACCUGCAGUACAUGGUGAGAACCUGCCAAGCGGGGUCAGGAGACGAACCGGCCGCCCGGCUGACUUCAGUGUUUAGGCAGUUUAUCCAGGAUUAUGGAAUGAGAUACGAUUAUCAGAUUUACAGCAUUUUAGAAACAGUGGCAACAUUGGACCAGCAACUUGUUAUUCACUUGAUUACUACCCUCACUCAAUCUCUGAAGGAUUCAGAGCGGAAAUGGGGCCUUGGCAGAAAUAUCAAACAAAGGAAAGCCUAUAGCCAACUUUUAUCUCACCUAGGACAAGUGGGACAAGAUGAGAUACAGAGACUGGAGAAUGACGACAUCUAGUGCUUUUUGCGAUUCGUCUUUUCUUGUAUCUAAUGCUGUUUCACAUCAUUCUAACUCCUAAUUAAUUGGUUGUAUAAUGUUCUGUUCAAAACACUUUCUAGGAUUUUUACCUUAUAUAACUGUAAGUAUAAAAUAUACAAAUAAGGAAAUAGAGGUUAAUUGUGUUACAGGAUCUUUGGAACUUAGCAAAACUGAAUUCUGUUUUGAAGAGAUUUUAAACUACAGAACUUUCUAAUUGGGGAUGUUUUCUGUGUAUGACAUCUAAGCAGGUUGACCCAUGGACUUUGUACUGUAAUGUGACUUUUUGCCUUGUGAAUUGUUUGUGUUUCUUUUUGUUUUUGUUUUUUACAAGUUAUGUUUUAAUAGGAAACUUUUUCAAGUAUCCUGGUUUUCAUUUUGUUUUUUUGGAGGGGUGUGGUCAGGAGAUGGGACUGUUUAUUUGUUAUCCUUUUUUAUACUAUGUGUCAGGCAAGUUAAUAAAUAAAACUCUUACCAAGCACACUUAACUGUGAGGAAUGAGACUGAAUCUGGCUAUAUGACUAUACAGGUAAAAUAUAAUUUUUUUUUUAAACUUAAGCCAGCAGUGUUUAUGUUAAGGUUCUAACACUUGCCAGAUGUUUUAUUCUACUCAUCCUUUCUUUUGGAGUUGCCAUUAAAAGACCUAUCAGGAAGACAGUAAACCAAGAGUCUUUAAGAAGAGGCUUAAUAAUAUUCUGGAAAAUCUUAAGAUUGCAAAUUAACAGAAGAGGUCUGAGAAGUCAGCUGACUUAUCUCCUUAUUCUUUAGUUAGAGCCUCUUAUAACUUAGCAUCUUUUUUGUUUAUAGGGAACCAGUUUAGUUCCUUUAGUAGCAAUCAUCUCUCAAUUUUUUAACUCAGUCAUCCAGACUUACUUUACCAGUUGGGCUCUUAUCCUUGACUGCUUUUUAUGGUGAGCAUUAUUUAGUAAGAAGAGCUCUGGGUCUCAAACUCAGCUCUGCUUUGUGACCUUGAGCAACUUACUUAACCUUUCUGAGCCUCAGUUUCUCCAAGGAGAAAAAAAAGAGUUUGUUUUACAAUGUGUGGCAAGACCCAAUGAGAUAAUGUAUAUGAAAAUAUAUGGUGGCUUAUUUUCUGUUUGGAGAUGUACAGACAUAAUUAUAUAUUCACGCACAAAAGGUAAAGAAUACCUCAAUUUUGUUCCUCUUUCUUUACUGUGUCCCUAGAUGAAUGAUCCUACUAUUUUUCAAUGUUUUCUUAAUGUGUCAUGUUUGCUAUCUUUUAAAUAAUUUAUUGCUUUCGUCUCGGAACUCUAGUCUUUAUCAUGGUUCUAGUCCUUCAAGAAAACAUUUCAACUCUUUUCUGGCUCAAGAACUAUAUUUAAAAAUGAAACGUUUUGCAAUCAGUGAAAUAUAGUUAAUAGCCCUGUCCUAAUUGUAAUCUGUGAAGUCUAAAGGAGUAUCUGCUAUUUUGAUGACAUACAAAUGGUUUAUUUUCCCUCCAAAUCAACUCAUUACUUCAACAAAUGAAAUGGAUAAAAACCUCUUUAAGGUUACUUAAUAGAUUUCAUAGCAAUGAGUUUCUUUUGAUUAUGAUAGUGACAUAUUAAACUAGUUUAUCUAUUUAAGGUGAUGCCUUUAAAGAGGUUAUCAUGUAUAAUAUGAUAUAUCUAUAUAUAUCUAUAUAUAUUUUAUUUUCCAAGGGAGAUUGAUAAAUAUAUCUUUGAGAAUCUUGCUCCUUAGUAUAUGAAAUUUUUAAGGAAUAAGAAAAGCUAUCGCUGAGUCACGCAUUAGGGUAUAUAUCUGCAGAUGUUAAGAAUAGCCAGUUUGUACCUAAAAAAUCUGUUACAACAAAAAGUCUGUAACAGUACAGGUUUAUGUAUGUAUAUAUGUAUGUUUCUUAUUUAUAAGUAAAAUUUUAAAGAAGCUGUUUUUUUUUUCAUUGAAAAAAAAAUUAGUUCCUUUUCUUGAAAAUCUUCACUGGCCCUCCAAUUAUUCUCUUGUCUUUUUCCAUUCCCAGACUUAGAGUAGCUUAAACCUGCUUCCUUAAUAUUCUUUUCCCCCUAAAUACCCCCUAAUUGCUGAGGCUGCUGCUUCUACCAGUAUAGUGUAAGCCACUUUUUGGUGAAAUCUGAGUAUGUUCCAUUGCUCCUGCUCUUUAGCCUGUCCGUGACAUUUGUAUGUCCCUUUACCUUUGCACGCUUUCCUCCGUGAUACUGCUCCUUCCUCCUGUACUCUGAGAACACCCUCAUGUUCUUCCUUGUCCCCACUGGCAUGAUCUGGCCCUUACCUGCUGUCUCCACAUUCUUCUAGUAGGCAACAGAUAACACUAGCUCAUAAUUUGCUCUCUCAGAUCUGUUCCUAGUACUCAUUUCUCUCUAACCCUCUCUAGCUGGAGCUUCCUGAAAUCUCAAGGCUGUGGUUCAAACUGCCCUUGUCACCUCGUAUUCCAGUGCCUUUAUUUUCUACCCAGGGAAUACACUAUUUUCCCAGGUUACUUAGGCUUGGAGCUUCCUAGCAUCUUGGAUUCUUCACUGUUCCGCAUUUUCAGUUGAUCAGCAGUACAGGCUUUUGCUAUUUUUUGCCAUGCUGUGUGCAUCCAUGCAUUUUUCUGUUAGGCCGUAUAAUCUCUUAUCUCCUAAUCUCUGGUCUCAUUUCCUGAGAUUAAUCCUUGUCACAGUUCUGACAUUAGUAUUCCUAAAAUGCUACUUUCCUCGUUACUUUUCUGCUCAGGGCACUCGAAUUGCGUCCAUUGUUAAUAAGUUGAUAGUUAGCCCCUUCAAUCAGGAGACUUUCUGCCAUCUGACUCUACCUUUCUGUCCAAACUGACCUCAAGCAGGAAAACUAUACUGUUAAGCUGACUGAAUGCCAUGUUCGUUCUAUACUCUGAGAGGAUUCCAGUAAAAUCAUUUCUGUGAAGUAUCAGAUGGAGUGUAAACGAGAUGACUGAAGGAAAACAGCGUGAUGAAAUGAAACUUUAUUAGACAUUCAGAAUUAGUUAUGAUUUAAAUUUUAAUUCAACAUUUAAUUAGAUGUCCAUGGGGGAGAAAAAAAAAACAUGGAGUAUUGUCUGUGUACAAAAAUCAUUUAGUAUUGAGUUCAUUUGCAUUAGAAGAGUUUCAUACUUUAAAACUUUUAUAUCUUUACCUAUUCCUAGUACAUUUUCUUUUCUUCUUAAGCAUGUUUGGCUUUUUCUUCCUGGGCAUCUGUGUAAAAAAAUAUUUGUAGUUUGUUAGAUUAUGUGUAUGUACUCAGUUCCCAUCAUUGUUACUAUCUUCUUGCUUUAUCACAAAACUUUAAAGCUACUUUGUUCUAGAAUUACAUAGACCUCUUUUCAUGUACUUUUAAAGAAUUUUUGAGUUUUUAUUUUUACUUCCCAUUUAAGAUUGUUUUAUUUAAAAAUUUGACAAGUGUCUGUCUGUAGUUGGUAAAAGCUUCUGUGAAACCUACCUUCCCUAAAUACUACAUGUUAACAUAGCACUUGUGUUU